AUGAGUGAGGAACGCGGUCGCGAACCCCAGCGUAUCUCUACCGGCCGCGGCGGUGCCGGCAACCUUGUCCGCUCGCUGUCCCGUGGCCCCGACUCGGAGCAGAUCCCCACCGCCGAGCGCGGUCGCGAGGUCCGCAGCCCCUCUCACGAGCGUGCCACGCACGCCGGCCGCGGUGGCGCGGGCAACAUCCGCUCGCCCUCUCGCGACCCCAAGCGCGACCGCAUCGAGGAGGCGCAGGAGGACGCGCUCCAGGACAAGCUUAUCGCCGAGCGCCGUGGCCGCCAGGCCGACCAGCCGUUCUCGAGCGGCCGCGGCGGCGCGGGCAACAUCACCGACUCGCGCUCGCGCUCGCGCUCGGCUGUGCGCGGCGUCCGUGCCGAGAGCCCCCGUGUCCGCGAGGAGAGCGUCCCGCGCGCGUCCACCACUGGCUUCCGCGCCUCGGGCCGUGGCGGAUACGGCAACAUCACCGAGGAGAACGGCACGCCCGUGGACCCCGUGGCGCUCGCCAAGGACCGCGCGUACGAGGCCGACGUCAAGAAGAAGUUUGACGAGCACGAGGCCACGAUGCCGCACUCGAUUGGCCGUGGUGGCGCAGGCAGUAUUGGCCAGACGUUUGAGCCCGUCGACAUCUCCAAGCUCUCCAUCGAGCAGCAGGAGGCCCACGUCAAGAUUGCCGCCAAGGACGCGCACAACUACCGCUCGGGCGGACGCGGCGGUGCAGGCAACAUGGCCGCUCCGGCCGACGAACGUGGCCGAGGCUCCCCCGCGGCGGCGAACGGCCACGGCCACGGCGUCUUUGGGUCCAUGCUCCGCUCGCUGUCUCGCGCCGCAGGCCGUGACCCCAGCCGCGACCCCAGCCGCGACCCCAGCGGCGGGGGCAAGUAA